UUUACUCAUAUAUUCAAAGUCAUACAGAAUUAUUAAUAUACUUUCAUAUUUAUUGGAAUGAAAAGUUCAAAAAUCACAAAUCAUAGAUAUUUUCCAGUGGAUGGAUGUCUACCAGACAUUGAUUAUUCAUUGAUGAGAAUGAAAAAUUUGGAUGAUCUCGAUUUGGAUAAAGUUUUAACGGAAUAUGAGUCUGUUCACGUACAACGCAUUGAUCAUGGUUCAAACUCCGGAUUUAAUCUAACAUUAACAUCAAGCAAUCUACAAAACAUUGGUAAGCAACAUUAUGAAGAUGUGUUCGUCGAAACGGAAAAUUGUAAAAAUGGAAUCAAAACUGGUGAUCAGGUUAUACAAAUUAAUGGUGUAUCAGUUAGAAAUUUGAAACAAGCAAAUGAACUUCUUGAACGAUCUGGUAAAUCCGUCAGUCUUCUAUUACUGAGACCUGUCAAAAUUUCGAAUUCAGACGGUGACAAGUCUUUCUGCAUUCCCAGUAAAAGUGAAUUGAUCAACAAAACCUGUAUAAAAAAUCAAAUUAUCCAAUCAUCUGGAACAUUACCUCACAUGGUUUACACAACACCAGACCGUCUAAGACAAACGAUUUGGCUACAACAAUAUAUAUUACGAGAAAAAUUAAACAUACUAUCGAAAACAGAUUGUAAUAUUGAUAAUGAUAUUAUUGUCAAACAAACUAACUCAAAUUUAAAUGUGAAUGAAAAAAAUAUGAGUGAGAAUCAAACUGAGAUUCAUGGUGUAACUGGUUCGCCUCAUAAGUUAGAUCCAAGAACAUGCAGUACUACACUUACAUCUUGGAGAAUCAGACGAAGUGCAGAUGGAACUCGAUAUAUAACCAAAAAAUACAAAAGACCAUCAGAAUUUUCAAAUUGUAAACCUUUCCGACAGAAUGUGGACGAUAGACAUCAAAAUGAUAAGAAUCUUUCCGUCAGUCGUACAAACUUCUCAUGUUCUGAUAUAUCCGAAAAGCACAAGAACUCAGAUAUUCAGUCAGAGUCUAUGACAAAUUUCGAAAAUUUCUAGCUACCAGUUAUAAACUAGACUUAUUUUCGUCACAUAUUCGGUUAGAUGUCUUUAGUGGCUGAAGAUGGUCAAUGGGAAAUCCUAAACCUAAAUUUCAUACUCGUUGAUAAUCGUAAGCAUUGCCUGACAGCAAUCUUGAAGGAGCUGAUGGUCUGAACCCUAAUAUAUGUACAUCAAAGUGUUUGACACAUUAAUACAUUUGAAAACCAUCGUGAGAGGAACUAAUGUUGCCGAAGUGUAUACAUUUACUGGAUAAUGAAGUUGAGUAAGGCUCUUAACGAACUAAUUACCA